CAUGCCGUUUUAGAUAAUCCUUCAUUCCUUGCUUUUUGAGCUUCAAACACAAGCUAGCUACCCCCUCAUCCCUUCUUUUCAAAACCCUAAUUCCUCUUUCUCCUUCCAAUCCUCAUUCCACCAGAUCGGCUUCGCUUCUUCCUCAGGAGUUAUGUCUUUUGCACGGAAUUUUCAAGCAGAAGAUCGUAAUUUACAUAGUGGUCACUGGUCCACCUGUGAUGGAAACAACUUUGGCAACAACAAUAGGAAAAGAAGCAGGAACAAUUAUUAUAACAGGAAUUUUAACAUUUACAAUGACAACCGGACAAAUUUUGGGGACCAUGGUUGCACCUUUAAUUUUUACAUGGCUGAUCAUGCUAAUUAUGUUAGAUAUGAUGCUGUUGCGUCAUCUUUGAAAAGGAGAAAAUAUCCUGCCCCUGUUUGGCAAGAAAGUCAGAAAUACUAUGUUCCACCCACCAUCCAUGACAAUAACCCUUCAUCAUGUAAUUUUCUAGCUCCUCCUUCAAGAUCUGAUGGUGAUGCCUCUACUUCAACUAGCUGUAAGCUCGACUGCUCUAUUUUUGAAGAUGAUAAACCUGUUUUCAUGUCAAGGGAGGAGAUUGAUAGACACUCUCCAUCAAGAAAAGAUGGUAUUGAUGUACAUCAUGAGACACACUUGCGCUACUCCUAUUGUGCCUUCCUUCAGAAUCUUGGAAUGCGUCUUGAGCUGCCUCAAACCACCAUCGGGACAGCUAUGGUUCUGUGCCAUCGUUUCUUUAUUCGACGAUCACAUGCUUGCCAUGACAAAUUUUUGAUUGCUACUGCUGCUCUUUUUCUUGCUGCGAAGUCAGAGGAAACUCCACGCCCGUUGAACAAUGUAUUGAGAACAUCCAGUGAAUUUCUACACAAACAAGAUUUUUCUUUGAUAUCCUACCGAUUUCCUGUUGAUUGGUUUGAACAGUAUCGUGAACGGGUGCUUGAGGCUGAACAACUGAUACUUACUACUUUAAAUUUUGAACUAAACGUGCAACAUCCAUAUGCACCUCUUACCUCUGUUCUUAACAAAUUGGGUCUAUCAAAGACUGUUUUGGUGAAUCUGGCAUUAAACUUGGUCAGUGAAGGGUAUCCUAUUUGUUGGUUCUGCUAGGCUCUUAUGUAACAAAGUGAGAGUGACUGGAAUAAUAAAACCUAGUGUAGGAAACAGGACAUGGGGCUUUGGUUGUUAAAUCUCAAGCAAUAGAAUGCCUUGAGGUCUGGAGAUCUAGUGGCUUGGAAGAUACCUUGGUGUCUCCCCUUCUAAAUUUUGGUUCAAAAUAGUGUUGAUUCUCUCAAUAUUAUGCUUUAGCCCAACUUCUGUGUAGCUAUACUGUCAUGGGAUAUUGAUUGUUUUGGCAUCCAUAUAAUUGCAGGAUCUUCACAAGAUUAACGUGCUGGCUUGUAUGAUAUUCUUAUCUGGCGGAUUGAUAUGCUGUGCAUCAAAAGUUUUGUUUUACAUCUGAAGUUGAACUGCUGAUGUCUAAUGGAUUGCUUUACCUUGAAUAUUUCCCUUCAACUUUUCUUUCGGCUACCCAAGAUAGCCACAAGAGCCCUAAGCCCCCAACUCAGAUUUUCUCUCCAACCUCAAACACCUUGUAUAUGCUGAUUCAUUAGCUAAAUGGGCUCUCUAUAAUUUUAAAUAUCUUGAGUUGAAACUUGAAAGAUCAUAAAAUGACCUGACAAUCAAAAACCAUCAAAAAGAAAAGAGAGAAGCGACCAGUCUUAAAUUCAAACAUGGAAAGAAUCUUGUUCUGAAACAAAUUUUGAUUAAUAAUUACUCAUUAAUCAAAAUAGUUUAAGAUUUAUUACCAUGACUACUAAGCCUAGGAGCUGACUGAUGUCCUAACAGCUCUCACUGUUCCAAUUAACACUAACAACAUGAAAAGUCAGUGUCUCUAGUACUAUGUUUUUGCUUUUUUUCCUUUUCUUAAAUGAAAAGAAACCACUUGCCAGUAUGUGUGUAUUGAUCUGGUGAGAAAAUAGUUACUAGGAUAAACUUGCUGAUAGAAUUCUCUCUUUCAAAGUGUUUCCUUUGUGGUCAGUAAUAUAAUUGCCAAAUUUUGGGUUUUUGAAAGGUUUCUUAGUUUCCCCUUCAUUUCCAACCCCAUUGAAUAUUUGGGUAACUCAAAACGAAUUAGUUUAAUCAAACUUGAUUCUUUUUUCACAGGUGUUUUAAAUUUGGUUGUAAUUCUGUUCUAUUUUCAAUCCAUAAGAUGUUUACACUCUAUCCAAUGAUUUGUUGAUGUAUAUGGAAAAAAGUUUGACUAUGAAACUACCUAAAAAAUCAUAUUCUUAAAUGAUGUGUGAAAAAUGAUUGGAUGAUAUUGUUCAAAAUUUUAUGUUAAAUUAUAUGAAUAUAUGUUGACAUUUAUUCUAAUUUUAACCUAACAAUCUCUCUCUCUCUCUUUUCUAAAAAGAUCAAAUAUCUUGGUCCUUUUAAUGCCAUCUUGUACAAAUCACCUGUUGAAAAGUUUCUCCUUUGUUUGUUCACAUUAUUGUCUGUAAUGGGAAUGGAAACUUUAAAAUUUGUAUGGCUUUUAUUUGGAACAGAAGAAGUUUGAAUUUUUUAACUCAAAAUUGUUAACUUAUCUCACGUAGUGGGACAAGUCUUUGUUAUUGUUUGUUUGAUAACUCAAAAUUGUGAGAAUUCACUUCCUUGUAGUGAAGAGCAAAUAAUUUGUUAGUUUUAACAUUAAUGAGGGUGUACUCUUUAUAGGUGGCCAUUGUUAUUUAUAAUUUUGAUAAGCUCUUCCUUCAUGUUAACACUUGGGUUGCAGCCAAAGUUAUUGAAAAUCUGACACGAGAAGCCAUUAAGUUAGAUACAUGUGUUAAACAUUUGAAGAUGUCUUAAAACUUAUAUAUAUAUUGUCAGUCAAUAAAUUGUCUUAGUAGUAACUUUGAUUAUAGGAUCAUACUUUGUCCUUUAUUUAUGUAGUAUUUCUCUCCUAGCUAUAGAAGUUCUCAAAUUGUUUGUUGAAUAUAAUUAUGCUCAUGUUCUCCAUUCCCCUCGGAAAAUGUAAUACUGAAGCUGACUCACUAUGCUUUCAUUCAUUUGGCAUCUAGUAGUCUUUUUUUAUUUUUUUUUAUGUCAGCCUUAGUUCUUUGGAAAUGUUAUUGGCUGGAGAGGUUGAUCUUUAUUUAAAUCCCUGCAUCUUCAUGAAAUAUCAAUACCAAUGGUACUAGUGUUAUAUGUUGGUACAGUGGGCCUGCUAAAUUUCAAUGGGGAUUAUAUAUGAAAGAGCUUUGAUUCCAUCUGAGUUGAAUUACUCAAAUGUUUGCACAACUUAAAAUCCUUCUUUGUCAGUUUGUGGGGAUGGGUUGUGGACAGUGGCUCUCUUGUCAUUACCUAAGGAAAUUUUGUACUAGUCCUAUUGGUGUUGUGCCAAGCAGCCCUUCUUUUUAUCCUUCUCUUCUCCAUUUGGAUUUACAAUUAAUAUUUUCAUUGCAUAAGAAAAGUAAUGUACUUCAUUGCCUGUGCUCAAUCUUGAAGGACAAGGAGGAUUUGAAAAGAGGAACAUUUUCUUUCUCCCGUUCUAUUUUGUUACGUUCUGUUUUAGUCCUUGUUUCACUAAAAACAGGCCAGUUGGUAUUUAGGUGGAUGUGAUGUAGUGGUUCUGUUCAGCCUACAUACCUUGUCAUAAGCCUACAUACCCUGUUCUGCAAAUUUGUACUUUUUAAAAAUAGUACUAGAUUGGUUAGGGUUUGGUUUUAGUAGUAUCCCUUCUUUUGAUGGAGAGCCCCAAGUCCCUUUAAUCUCCCCUCAGAUCACAAUAAGGACCUCUAAGUUGAAAAAAAUAGAAAGUGCUUAGAACAUGGGACAUAUAUGUUCUUGUACCUUCCAUGUAUGCUUUUUGCAUCAAUUUCUUCUUUUUGGGCAAGGGAAAUUCAAAAAUUCUUUUCUUUUCUUUUCUUUUUUGAUGUUUUAUAUUAUGUAAUGAUUUUUAAAAUUGUAAUUUACACAAUUACAC